AUGGAAGCUUAUCCAUUAGAUGAUGAUGGUCAAGUACAAAUGGAUCAUCUUGACGAAAGUAUUGAACAUAAGCAUCCAUAUAGCAUUCAACGACUCCAAACAUUACUCGCAUCAAUAGCAGUUCCAAAUGAUGAAAGUGAUAUGAAGGAUUAUUCACCGAUUGAUCAUAUAAUUAAUACUCGAGUAGCAGCAUAUCGUCGUCCGGGACUCAUUCGUUUAAAAAGAAGUGAUUGA